AUUUUCAAACUUCAGUCAAUUGUCAAAUAAACUAACAAAGCGCUCGUCUGUUUUUGCGCGAUGUAUAUAUAUUUUUUAUUAAUGAAAAAAUAUUCCUACCUCCUUUAAAAUGCCGAAAGCAGCGCGGAAGAUGCUUCAAAAUGGAUACUCUCACGAUGAACCUGAUCGGAUACCUAAUAACAUCACAAUUACAAACUUAGACAUUAUUAUGUAUGUUGUGGCUAUCGUGGGUCAUUUUGUGGAUUUGGGGCUGGACAUAAAUGUAGCAGUGAGGUAUUCUAUAUCGAGAAGGAUGAUGGAGUUUGGAUGGACACUUGCGUUUAUUCUUUUCCCAGCAUUUGUUAACACAGCGGUCUCCAUAAGAAUGUAUUCACAGGAUAAGCAACAAGAUUCAAUAUCGAACGAGUUUACCAAAAGACGAUGGCUGCGGAUAUUCAUACUUGUAUUACAAAUGGCUCCCAUUUUAAGAUUCACCGAUGCCUUGAUCUAUGCGAUCAAGUCGAGACGGGCUGAACGAAAGAAGGACCCAACGUCGCAGCGCGUAUAUUACGGCCUGAUGCUCAAGGAAGACUCUGACGCUGCACUGCUAAGGAUAUUUGAGUGCUUUCUCGAGGCAGCACCGCAGCAAGUUCUUCAGACGAGCUUACUGCUGCGGCAGUAUGACCACUUAGCAGUGCACCAGGUGCUGUCGAUAUGCUCGUCGGUGGUGGGCAUGGGGUGGUGCCUGGCGGCCUACCAGCGAGCGGUGCGCUUCGCCCAGCAGGACAAGGACAACAUGAGCUGGCCCGGAACUGUCCUGCAGACGGCCUGGCACUUUCUCGUUACACUAAGUCGCGUGAUCUCCAUAUCAAUAGUGGCGCACCUGUACCCGCACUGGACCGUCGUCGCCUGCGCCGCCCACAUCCUGGUGAUGGCGACGUGGCUGCAGGUCUUCGACCGGUCUCCGUUCUGUUCCCACAACAAGCUGUGUGAGGUGGCCUUCUCCUUCGCGCUCGGCUCAGUGUAUCUCUUCACGUACAUCCUGCCCGUGGAGGGCAGGACGAGGUAUCGUUACUCGGUAUACUAUUCAAUAUGCUUCCUGCAAAAUUUAACAUGUUCGGUCAUAUGGUACGUGUAUUCGGAUGAGGUGACCGGCGCAGCUGUUUACUUCUACCCGGUCUUGGUGCUCAGUGUGGUCCCCUAUGUGAUGGGUAUAAUGUUCAUGAUUUUGUACUAUGCAGUCUUUCAUCCGAAGACCUGUGCGAUAUCAGAUGUGACCGUUGCAUUUAAAUCUGAUCGAGAGAUUGCUGAAAUUAGCUAACGAUGACUAAAUUGUUAUAUUGUUGAGCUGUAAGUAUUUUUUACUGUUGAGUAGGAUUUGAUGCAUUUUAUUAUUCUUAAGAAUUCAUAUGUUCUAAAUGAUGCCAAUAAUUAUUUCAUGAAAAUUGUUGAACAAAUUUAUUAUUACUAAGUUCUCUCUCUGAUGCAUGUAGCUAAAAAGGAUAGGGCUCUAGUUGUUUAUCAGUUGUGCUCAGCGGAGUUGACUUAACUUGCCGGUGUUGCAUAAUAUUGCGCCUUAUAAGUAUCCCAUAAACAGUUUUGUGUAAUAAACUCCAAAACUUUUAUCAGAGCCUUGAAUGUGUACCACGCAGUCUUAUAAAUCAAGCGAUAUUUAUGGAAUAUAAUGUUUAAUUUAAAAUUUCAUUAGCAUACUUGGGCCCCCAAUCACCGAAAGCCAAAGGGUCGGCACUUGACGACAUUUAUACAAUCAUGUUGAUUGAACAUAUUGCAUUACGUUCAAUGAAAAUUAGGACUUAAAAUAUUGUGUAGACAUUUUAAUUUGAUGUGUUUGAUAUGAGCUUGUUACUUUUGUUAAAUUAGUUUGAUUGGAGAUUGAAUUCAACAGAAUCAGUCAAUAUAAGUUUUUAUGUUUAUAGAAGUUUUUACUCAAUAUAAUUAUGUAUUUUUCUAAAUAACAAUAUUGUUGAUAUUGCCAUAAUAAUUUUAUACAUAAAUGUAAACAAAAGACUGGUUACAUAGUUUUAAUCAAUAGUGUUUUUAUUGUAUUUACAGAGCUUUGUGUCAAAUUUUUUGUAUGAAGUCUAUUCAAUGAAGUCUUACAAAUUGAAAUUAAAUCAUUAGAUACUAUUUUUAUUGAAUAAUGUUAUGACAAUUAAUAAAAGGAAGAGUACACUUUCGAAUGGCAACACUAGAGUGAGCAAGAACUGCUUUUCGCUCUUGAUCUUUUUGAUACGAUUUUAUUAAUAUAUAGUUACAAUGGAUCCUGAUAUUAUUUAAAAGAUUUUUUUGUAAGACUUCUUUUGUAAUAGACUAUUUAUGAAAUACAUAUGUUAUGGGAGAAGUAU